AUGAAUCGCGCCCGCCCGUCCACCGAACCGAGCGCUCUCCCACACCGGCUCGACGGCAUCAACGGCGACUGUAUAAAAACUUCUUCCAAAGACCGCCGGCCACAGUGCACCAGCCGAUCCUCACCGCGUUCCACCGGCCUCACUACUUACAGCGAGCCGAGAAACUUCGAACGGUACAAAACGCAUUGUGAAUCGAAAAUCGAAUAAACAGCAAAGCGCCGCCAUGGACGUCGAGGAGUUCAGGAUACGCGGCAAGGAGAUGGUCGAUUACAUCUGCUCGUACAUGAACAACAUCGGCAGCCACCGCGUCACGCCCGACAUCGAGCCCGGCUACCUGAAGGAGCUGCUGCCGCAGGAGGCGCCCGACGCGCCCGACGACUGGGAGGACAUCAUGAAGGACGUGGACAAGAAGAUCAUGCCGGGCGUGACGCACUGGCAGCACCCCCGGUUCCACGCGUACUUCCCCAGCGGGAACAGCUACCCGUCCAUCUUGGCCGAUAUGCUGUCCGAUGCCAUCGGAUGCAUCGGGUUUUCUUGGGCGGCCAGUCCGGCUUGCACGGAACUCGAAACGAUAGUGAUGGAUUGGCUGGGCAAGGCGAUCGGCCUGCCGGACGAUUUCAUCACCUCCAAGCCGAACAGCACGGGCGGCGGCGUCCUGCAGACCUCCGCCAGCGAGUGCGUGCUGGUCUCGAUGCUGGCGGCGCGCAACCAGGCCAUCCAGUACCUCAAGAAAGACAACCCGUCGACCGUCGACAGCGAAUUCCUGCCGAGGCUGAUCUGCUACUGCUCGCAGGAGGCGCACUCGUGCGUGGAGAAGGCGGCCAAGAUCCUGCUCGUGCAGAUCCGCAUCCUCGACACCGACGAGAACGGCUCGAUGCGCGGCGACACCUUGAAGGACGCGAUGGAGAAGGACAAAGCCAACGGGUUGUUACCGUUCUUCGUGUCCGCCAUAUUGGGCUCGACGGGGUGCUGUUCGUUCGACAGCCUGGAGGAGAUCGGGCCGGUGUGCAAGGAGCAGGCCUGCACGUGGUUGCACGUGGACGCCGCCUACGCGGGCAACGCCUUCAUCUGCCCCGAACUGAAAGCCUAUCUCAACGGAGCCGAGUACAUGGACUCCUUCAACACCAACCCCAACAAAUGGCUGUUGACCAACUUCGAUUGCUCUUGUUUGUGGGUGAAGAACCGGUAUAGGCUGACCAGCGCUUUGGUGGUGGAUCCGUUGUACCUCCAACACGCCAAUUCCGACGAAGCCAUCGACUACAGGCACUGGGGCAUCCCGUUGAGCAGGCGAUUCAGAUCGCUCAAGCUGUGGUUCGUGAUCAGAAAAUACGGAUUGUCCGGGCUGCAGAAGUACAUCCGCAACCACAUCAACCUCGCCAAGCACUUCGAAUCGCUCGUGCGGAAAGACAAACGCUUCGAAAUCGUCAACGACGUCAAACUAGGCCUGGUGUGCUUCAGGCUCGUAGCGCCCGAUACCGUCAAUCAGACUCUACUGGCCACCAUCAACGCCUCGGGCAAGCUCCACAUGAUACCUUCCAUAGUGAAAGGCAAGUACAUCGUCCGGUUCUGCGUGACGGCGGAGAACGCCGCGCAGGAGGACGUCGAGCACGCGUGGCGCGUCAUCUGCGAGCACACGUCGGAGUUGCUCAGCAGGAAGUCGAUCAGGAGCCAGGUGUUCGUCAGGCCGCCGCUCACCCGGCAGAAGUCGAAGCGCUUGUCGUUCACCAGGAGCGUGUCGAAGGAGAUGUACCAGCGGUCGAAGAGCCGGUCGAACCUGGCCGACGGGGCGACGCCCAUCCUGGUGGUGGACUCCGACGAGGAGGUCGAGAACCGCCAGGACGCGAUCCUCGAUCAGCUGACGGGCGCCGUGGACGACGACGACGUGUUCGCCAAGGACCUGGAGGAGUACAAGCCGCUGAAGGGCGAGAGGGAGUUCGAGGACGAUUACAAGAUCCCGCCGAAGAGCCCCACGGAGGUGCAGAAGUGUUUCUAG